UAUCAACACGCUCCUCCCAGAACUUUGAAAGUGCACCCGAAUCACUCGGAAUCACUCGAUCGCGAAAAACCACAUCAGCUUCAGAGCCUCAACCAGCACUUUCACGUUCAGAUUCCCAUCUUCUUCCCAGGAAUCAUGCAUCUCUUCAAGGCCGGCCUACCCGUCCUUGCCGUGUGUUCAGUCAUCCAAGCCAUCCCUGUCAACACUGGCGAAAGACGCGAUACGGCCUUACACCGCCACGAUGGUCUCAAAGCUUCAGACACACGACAGCAAAACAGAAGUGCGGGCGGUUUCGUGCCUCCUCAUAUUCUCAGGAAUAUUACCCGCAGUCCUUUCGCCACAGACGACGAGCGCCGCACUGCAAAUCGGACCUCGGUGAUUGACGGGGAGCGGCAUGGGCCGCAGCAGUCGACGGAUUAAUCGGUAGCUGUUGGGACUCAACUAGAGGGGCGAAAGGACAGCCACAGACUCACAGCGUGGUCUCACUUGGCGAACUUCGAAAGGGUCGCGUUUCAAAGAUUCAGCUCGGACGCAGG